UGGACUGCAUAGGACGACUACUGAGAAUCUCUGGUUCUGGUCUGAUCAGAGUCAACUCACAUUCAUCAGGUGGGCUAAUGGACAGCCGAAUGAGGUUGUCUUUCCAGUGUGUGUGGCAACUACCAGUAUGGGAUUGUAUGACCGGUAUUGUACAGAUCUGUACCGUUUUGUCUGCUACAGCGCUUCCAGAAAGAAGAAACAGAUAUUGAGAUUGGAAGUGAAAUCAGAUCAGAAUGUGAACGAUCCUGGAGAGAUGACAGAGAUUUUAGAGAAGAUGAAACAGAUCCUGAAGAUGAAGGGUUUGGAUGAAAAUGCCACAAUGUCAUGGAAAAUCCAAUCUGAUGGGAAUGUUUUCCAGAAGUACCAGGAGAGAAAUGUCACUAAGGAGCCCUGCCAUUGAUAAGAUACUUCUUUAACAACUCACAACUAGCACAAUACUAACUAAUACUCUAACUCCUGUAGUUUACAUGUAUUCCUGUAGUAUAUGGUAACUAUACUAUAUUAUACUACUGUAUAUGUAUUUAAUGAGCUGCUUUACAUUCAUAUCUUCUUAUUUUCUUGUCUAUGUUUAAAAGUUGCUAUGCAUCCAGACUAGAUUAUUUUCUUAAACUAAUAAUAUUCGUAAUCUGUGGAAUGUUCAGCCAGUUGUGACAAUAUGCUGAUUGAAAACCCAUCUCUUCCACAAACACCUCACUUGCUAAUAUCUUUAUCUUUACAUUCUCUGUCAAAAGAAAAUUAUAUUUAUGUAUUGCUGUUCUUGUGUUGCUCUAAUGGCUUCUAUUGUUACCUCACUUGUAAGUCGCUUUGGACAAAAGCGUCUGAUAAAGGACUAAAUGUAAAUGUAAAUGUAAGA